AAGAAGAAGAAGAAGAAGAAGAAGAUGCCACGUGGAAAGGGCUUUCGUCGAUCCCGGGCGGCCAAGAGGAGGAAUGCUGAACGCCUACUGCUCAGUUUUUCCAUGGAUUCUGCUGAGGUUAUGCCUCCUCUUGAAAAAAAGGCAGUGUCCUUCGGCUCUACUAUCGAGAGCAUGGAUUUCCCAAUUUUACCAAAUAUUCCGGCAAUUGCCAACCUUCCAAUGACUUCCAAAAACUUCCCGGCAUUUGCCAACCUUCCAAUGACUUCCAAAAACCUUCCAAUGUCUUCCAAAAACGUUCCAAUGUGUUCAUCUUUAGAUGUCAUUAACUCUGAUAAUUUUCCACAGAGAAUCAUACAGGGUUCCUUUCAUCAAGGUGAUUCCAGUUUUGGUUUCAACAGUGGCAGACAGUGUGCAGCAAACAGCCUCACAGCAGUCUUGAUGAGUAAGCUGAAGGAUAUGCUGACCUGGACAACAGAGGACCUGGAUACAGUUCUGUUGCAUGGAGAUGAGCUGUACACCUCUAUGAGACGGCAGGGGAAGAUCAAUGAUAGACGUGGUUAUGUUGCUGUUCCAGAAUUGCCAACUGUGCACACACUCUUCAACACAAAAUUUUCAAUAAAGAUGUCAGAUUCUCUGAGUGGGUUUUUUGGUGUUGAUGUUUAUGAGGAAACAUUGCGAGAUGUGAGCAUGUCUAUAGAAGACGCACUUCAGAGGGCCCUGUUUCAAAAACAGGUUGUUGAAUGCAGAAAAGAUUGCUAUAAAAUCAGAGGUCAACAAAUUAAUGAUCUGGCAGAAAGAUGCAUCACAUUAAAGUAUUUACAUAAAUGCAAUACUGAAUGUGAGAACAGAUGCCUAUCAGGUAAUCCGGCUUGUAAAUUGUGGAUUUGCUAUACAUGCCAUCGUAAAAUCCUUGGUGGAAAAUUGCCUGAAGAGAGUGUUGCCAACAACAUGCAUUUGGUGGACAUUCCAGAAGAACUAAAAGGUCUGAACUCAUUGGAAGAGCAUCUUAUUGCACGCAAUAUUCCUUUUAUGAAGUUGCUUUGUCUUCCCCGUGGAAAACAAAAAGGAUGUCAUGGUCCUGUAGUGUGUGUUCCUGUUAAUACCAAAGAUGUCUCAAAUAUUCUCCCACGUAAUGAAUGUGAUGACCACAUGAUAAGAAUAAAACUGAAACGGAAACUAACAUACAAAGGCCAUUAUGAAUAUAAAUAUGUCAGCACUGAUCGUGUCAGACAUGCGCUGUCUUAUUUGGUCAGACAUAAUAAGUGGUAUAAUGAUGUGGAGUUUAAUGAGCAGUGGGUAAACUCUUUGAAUGCAACUGAUGAAUUAGACAACGAUGAUGAUUUUGAAAUGGAAGAACAAGAUGUAACUGAUCAAAAUGAAGACGAUAAAGCUGGAGCUGGAGAUGACCCAGAGGAAGAUAUAACAUAUAUUAAAGAACAAAGUGGUCUUUUAUCAGACACAUCACUACAACCUGUUGAUUUGGGUUCAGAAAUAAUUGAUCAACAUUUUCAUGAUGUACUAAAUGUUGCUCCAGGUGAAGGUAACAGUCCUGUCAGGCUGCUAACUGAUAAAGACAAUGAGGCAAAGUGUUUCCCUGUUCUCUAUCCUGCUGGUGGUCCAACAUUUCAUGAUGAAAGACAGGAAAAAAUCACAUUGUCACGAUACCUAAAUGCAAGAUUACUAAAUGCAGAUGGACGUUUUGCACACAGCACAGACUUCAUUUUUUAUGCACAAUAUAUAUCAGAGGUUGAUCAAAUUGUUUCUAAUGUAUCAAUUGCACUAAGGAAAGGUUGUGAAAAAAAUUGCUUAAAGGUAACACAAGAUAUGCUAACAAACUCUGAUUCCUUGCAAAGAAUACUAAAUUAUGAUGAAGGUUAUAAGUUCUUAAGACCAGUAAGGGGAACUCCUCCAUAUUGGAUGUCUACACAAAAAGAUCUGUUUGCCCUGAUAAGACAACUAGGCAUACCAACAUUCUUUGCAUCUUUUAGUUCUGCAGAUAUGAGAUGGCCUGAAAUGAUGAACACUAUUCUUAAGCAAGAGGGGAAACAAAAAAAUGUUGAUGAGCUUGACUGGUCUGAAAAGUGUGGACUCAUAAGGAGAAAUCCUGUCACUGCAGCAAGAAUGUUCGAUCAUAGAUGGCAUUGUUUUCUAAAAAAUGUCAUAAUGUCACCAGCAAAGCCUAUUGGCAAGAUAAAAGACUACUUUUAUCGUGUUGAAUUUCAACAGCGUGGUUCUCCUCAUGUCCACUGUCUGUUCUGGGUGGAAGAUGCUCCGAAGCUCAAUGAUAAUGAUGCAGACAAUGAUCCUGCGGUUGCUGAGUUCAUUGACACUUACAUCACAUGUGAGACACCACCAGAAAAUGAUACUGUACUUUACGAAACAGUUAACAGUGUUCAGAAACACAGUACAAGACAUUCAAAAACAUGUCGGAAGAAAAAUACAGUUUGUAGAUUUAAUUUCCCACGACCACCAUCCAGUCGUACGUUUAUUACAAGACCAAUUAAUGUAGAUGAGUUGAAAGGGAAAGAUGGUGAUGACACAGCAAGUGCAAUUAUAAAGAAAGUCAAAACUGCUUUAAAUUCUGAUGUCAAUUUUGAUUCAGUCGAUGCCUUUUUUUCAUCUAUUGGGAUUAAUCAAACUAUCUUUGAAAAAGCAUACAACAGGUGUACCAAAAAGAAAAGUAUUGUCUUGAAAAGAAAUCCAAAAGAUGUUUGGGUAAACCAGUAUAACAGAGAUUUACUGCGUGCUUGGCAGGGGAAUAUGGACAUUCAGUAUGUCACAGAUGCCUUUUCUGUAGUGGUCUAUAUAAUCAGUUACAUCACAAAAGCAGAACAAGAAAUGGGUCUGUUGCUUCAGCGUACUCAAAGCGAAGCUAUGAAUGGAAAUGUUGAUGCUAAAGCAUCAUUAAAACAGUUGGGAAGUGUCUAUCUGCACAACAGAGAAAUCUCAGCUCAAGAGGCAGUGUACAGACUGACAGGCAUGCAUUUGAAGGAAUGCUCUCGUAAAGUACAAUUUAUUCCGAUAGGACAAAAUCCUGUAAAGAUGAGUUUGCCUUUGAAUAUGCUCCGAAACACAGUGGAAACUGACCAGUCUGAUGAUGAAAGCAGUUUCUGGAUGACAAGUCUCAUUGACAGGUACAAAAACAGACCAGAGAAAGAGCCAGUAGAAAAUCUGUGUCUUGCCAGUUUUUGUUCUGAGUACAGAGUUCUGACAAAAUCAGAGGUUUCCUCACAUAACAAGACAUCCGAAAAUAAAAUAAUUAAACUUAAUAAUAACAAUGGCUAUGUCAAACGAAGGACACGAACUGAACCUGCAGUACUGAGGUAUCCAAGGUUUUCACCCACUAAAGAUCCAGAAAAAUAUUAUCAUUCAUUGCUGCAGCUUUUCUUACCAUAUUAUGAUGACUGUGAUCUUAAGCCAAGUAACUAUAAGACAUAUGAGGAAUUCUACAAAAGUGGUGUCAUAAAAACUGGUUGUGAAGUGAAACAAGUGAAAUCCAUUGUUGAUGGCAACAGAGAAUUGUUUGAAAAGGAAAGUGACAAAAUAGACCAAGCUAAACAGCUUUUAGAGCAAGAUGUGGAUUUAGAAGAUGCUUGGGCCCAGAUAUGUCCUGAAACAGAAAAACAGCGCGAUGAAUGCAUAGAACUGAUGAAGGAUAAACAAUUACCUGAUGAAGAGGACACUCAAGAACUUAUUCCAGAUCUGACAGGAAAUCCUCAGACUGUGUGUACUAUUGAGACAAACCACACUACAAUGCCAAGAGAAGAUGCACUGCAUUUACUGAGGUCACUAAAUGAAGAACAAUCUGCUGUGUUCUAUAAAGUGCAAAAGUGGUGUCUACAGAAAAUACUUGGAGAAAACCCUGAACCAUUUCGGUUAUUUCUUACUGGUGGAGCAGGCACAGGAAAAAGUCAUCUAAUUAAGGCAAUACAGUAUGAAUCUUCCAGACUGUUAUCUCAGCUGUCUGAGAAUCCUGAUGAUAUUACUGUACUUUUGACCGCGUCAACCGGAGUGGCUUCCUUCAACAUUGGAGCUUCAACCAUACAUAACAAAUUUUUAAUUGGUGCAAAUGUCAGACUGCCAUAUCAGCCUCUCAGUGAUGACAAAAUGAAUUCUUUACGUACAAAAUUGGGUAAUUUGCAAAUUUUGAUUAUUGAUGAAGUGUCUAUGGUUGACCAUCGUCUUUUGUCAUAUAUUCAUGGAAGGUUGCGGCAAAUAAAACAAACUGGUGACUACUCUCUCUUUGGAAAAGUGAACAUUCUUGCAGUGGGAGAUUUUUAUCAGCUUCCGCCUGUUAAAGGAACUGCUCUCUAUGCUAAUGCCAAAGGAGUAAACCUAUGGGAAAAUAACUUUGAACUUGCUCAAUUAACUAAAAUUGUUCGACAACAAGAUCCAAGUUUUGCUGAAAUGUUAAAUCGCCUCAGAGUACACAAGAAAGAUGAACCUCUUACCACUCCUGAUAUUGAUAUGUUGAAAAACUGUGAAACAGGGGAGAAUUGUAAUGAUCUUCACAUAUUUGCUACAAAUGCCGAAGUUGAUAAAUACAACAUUGAAAGGCUACAUGAAUGUUGUCCGGAGGCAAUCAGCAUACAUGCUCAAGAUUAUGUGAAAAAUUCAAAAACUGGACGAAUGGAACGUAAAGUUGGAUUUCAUAGGAACAUUUUCAACUCAUCUUUGUCUGCAUGCAUUUCUCUGGGUAUUGGAGCAAGGGUUAUGUUAAAGAAAAAUAUUGAUGUUGCAGACGGUCUCGUGAAUGGAGCUUUUGCGACCGUAGUUCUUGUCGGUGAAAGUCAAAACAAGGAUGAUGAUUUCCCGUCAGCUAUUCAUGUGGAGUUUGAUAAUCCAAAUGUCGGUAAAAUUCAGAGAUCUAAAACGCACCAGAGAUUCUCCCAAAACUCAACAGUCAUUGAAGUACAAGAAGACCAAGUCACAAAUGAUGGUGGUAUAAGACGUCAGUUUCCUCUCAGAUUAGCAUGGGCAUGUACAGUUCACAAAGUGCAAGGACUCACAGUAGAUAAAGCUGUUGUAUCACUUAAGAAAAUCUUUACAGCAGGGCAAGCAUAUGUUGCAUUGAGCCGUGUAAGAUCUCUCAGUGGGUUAAUAAUUGAGGACUUUAAAGAGUCGGCUAUAUUUUGUAAUGACAAAAUUGAGUUGGCCUUGAAAGAUAUGCCAAAAUUCCCUUUGGAAGAAAACAUGGCUAAAUGCUGA